AUGAUCGAAAAAUGCGAUGUUGUUAUAGUCGGCGCAGGUCCCGUAGGCCUCAUGUUCUCUGCCUGCCUGACGCGUUUAGGUCCUUACAAGAUCAAGCACAUCGACAACCGCGCCGAGCCAACGACCAUUGGCCGUGCAGAUGGCAUUCAGGCCCGCACUCUAGAUGUUCUGAACACAAUGGGUCUGAAGAGGCCAAUAUGGGCCUAUAACCCUGGUCUCAUCUAUGAAGUCGCCUUUUGGGGCGCGACGGCAGACAGAAAAGGCAUUCAGCGCACUGGCAUUAGUAAAAGCUACCCUGACCAUGUCGACACUCGCUACCCAUUCACUACCAUUCUUCAUCAAGGUCGCAUUGAGAAUAUAUUCCUCGAGGAUCUGAAGUCGCGUGGGGUCGAGGUACAGCGCCCGUGGACAAUCCGCGCCGCAAAGUAUCUCGGGGCUGGACACGAUUAUCCCGUUGACGUGGAACUCACGAGUAUGGAUGGGCUAACGACAGAGAUGGUCAGAGCCAAGUAUCUCUUUGGUGCGGACGGCGCGCGGAGUGUCUUGCGCGAAUUGUUCGAUAUUCAUAUGAUUCACAAGGAUCCGACGGUGUAUGUGUGGGGUGUGAUUGACGGGGUAGUCGAUUCGGACUUUCCAGACAUGCAGAUAAAAUGUAAUAUUCGCUCACCCCGUGGCUCUUGCAUGAUAAUCCCCCAAGGCAACAACCGGGUACGCAUAUACGUCCAGAUCUCGCCUGAACAGAAUCAGGAUUUAUCCGUGUACGCUUCGCGGGCCAAAAUCCAGGAGAUGGCAAAUGAAAUUCUCAACCCAUAUCGCGUUGAAUGGCAGAGUGUUGAUUGGCAUUCGGCCUAUCACAUCGGUCAGGGCAUAUCGGAGCGAUACUCGCUACAUAAUCGCAUCUUCAUUGGCGGCGAUGCCUGUCACACUCACAGUCCCAAAGCUGGCCAGGGCAUGAACUAUGGCCUGUUAGAUUCCCACAAUCUAGCUUGGAAGCUACACCUCGUGGAAUCAAGCUUGAUGCGCCCUGAGCUGCUAGAAACAUACGAAGAGGAGCGAAGUGCAGUUGCCACUCGUCUGAUUGAGUUUGACGCUACCUACGCGAGUCUUUUCAGCUCACAGAACCCCUCACAGCAGGCAAGCGACGAGUUUGUCCGUAUAUUCAAGCAGAACUCCCUACUGACCAGUGGUUACGGAGUCGAAUAUACACCCAACGCCCUCACUCAAACAGACAUUGAGGCCGCCGCCUCCCCUCUCUUGCUGAGCGGCCUUAAACCAGGACGCAGCUUCCCACCAGUCAACGUAGUGCGCGUCAUCGAUGCCUGCGAUAUCCCACUCGAGCGCGAGAUGCGAUUCAACGGCAACUUCCAUAUCUACAUCUUUACCGGUAACCAGGCUCAUUCCGAACAGAAGGCUCUAGCAGAUCUUGCGGAAAAGAUCUCUCACCGAGCCUCGGUCUUCUCUCGGGUGACAAACGCCUUCCGAGACGUGAAUUUAUCCUACGAUAGUCGACAUAACCCACACUCCUCUUUGUACACAUUUUCCAUCGUAUUCCAUUCCGUUCGUACGUCCGUCGAUAUCAGCACCUUGCCCCCGUUCUUUCAACCAUAUCGGUACCAUGUAUACUCGGAUGAUGCACGCAGUCGCAAAUCUUACGCUGGAGGUCUCGGUGCAGCGCAUGCGAAGCUCGGCUUUGCCCUGGGUGAAGGAGGUGUGAUUAUUGUUCGUCCUGAUGGAUAUGUCGGAUGUAUUGCAAAGUUCGUGGAAGGUGGUGCGGCUGCGGAGGUGCUGGAUCGGUACUUUUCCGGUAUUGUGCCCGCUAGUUUGGCAGGCGAGAGUGUUCAGAGUAUGCUAUAG